AUAGAGCGUUGAGACAGGUAAUAACAGAAAGAAGACAACUCACUCUUCUUCGAAAUGGCGAAGAUGAUGGAUAUGGAAACCAAGAUUGGGAGGAGAUUUGAAGGCAAAGUUGCAAUCGUCACCGCAUCCACCCAAGGCAUUGGCUUCGCCAUCGCUGAGCGUCUCGGCUUGGAAGGAGCAUCUGUUGUCAUCUCUUCUCGCAAGCAGAAAAAUGUGGAUGAAGCAGUUGAAAAGCUUAAAAACAAAGGAAUUGAAGUGUUUGGAGUGGUUUGUCAUGUCUCAAAUGCACAACAUAGGAAAGAUCUUAUUCAAAAGACUGUUGAUAAAUAUGGAAAAAUAGAUGUGAUUGUAUCAAAUGCUGCUGUAAAUCCCUCUGUGGAUCCCUUGUUGCGAACCUUGGAAUCUAUCCUUGACAAGCUCUGGGAAAUAAACGUCAAAGCAACUGUACUUCUUCUACAGGAGGCAGCUCCUCACCUCCAAAAGGGUUCAUCCAUUGUUAUUAUUUCCUCGAUUGCUGGCUAUAAUCCACAGCCCGCUAUGGCUAUGUAUGGGGUAACUAAGACAGCACUUCUUGGAUUGACCAAGGCACUUGCAACUGAGAUGGCCCCUGUUACUCGCGUAAAUGCUGUCGCUCCAGGUUUUGUUCCUACCAACUUUGCAGCAUACAUCACAAAAGAUGAGGAUGUGAAGAAGGUUAACGAGGAAAAGACCUUACUUGGAAGGCUUGGUACCCCAAAAGACAUGGCUGCUGCAGCUGCUUUCUUGGCAUCCGAUGAUGCUUGUUAUAUUACAGGGGAAACUCUAAUAGUGGCAGGGGGAUUGCCCUCUAGACUCUAAGGAUACUUCUUUUACUAGCUAAUAAGUCCUUCCCUUACAGGAAAAAUUAAGGGAUACUUGUAGAGAUAUCUCGUCCUUUGUUCCUUAUUUUUUAUAACUAGAAAUAGUUGUCUUCAAUGGAACAGCUCUGACGGAGAUCAAUAAAUUUAAUAGGCUUCUCUUUCAAUUUAAUAA